AUGCGGUCUCCACACGUCCUGCUUUUCGCUUUGCUAGCCAUUGUGGUAGUUGAAGGGGCCAGCCCGCUCCCUGGCAAGCCUAGGCGGGACCCCCCUCCGCCCUCUCCCCAAGGGCAAACCGUUGAUCUCGUGGGACAACUCACUUCGGUAAUUACCCACGACAACAAGGCCCGAUAUGCUUUAAUCGAUGCCGAGGGAGUGGUGACCCCGUUCUGCGCGGAUUUCGUGCUGCCGGAGGGCGAUAAGGACAACAAUCCCUUAGAAAUAGGCUCCAUUGUCAGUAUGAAAUGCGAGGUGGGCCCUCCCAAGUACUGUGGCUGUGGAGACAUAGGUGGCAACUGCACAUGCCCGGACGAUGCGAACACACCGGCAUGCGUGGCCGCGGCCCAGUUCAGCAUCGUGAUGUCGACGGGUCAACUCUCGCCUUUCGUCAUAACGCCACAUGGCACCCAGAAGUUGCUGGUGAUGAUUUUGGACUAUGGUUCUUGUGGCUAUGCGCCGUCCUUGACAGAGGACGACGUUCGCAACGUGUUCUUGGGGCCCAACAAGGAUGGCCGAGGCGGUGUCGCGCAGAAGUACUCCGACUGCUCAUACGGCAAGUUUGGCCUGAACACAACCGCCUUCAUGGCGGUUCGCGUCAGCGUACCCUGCUCUACCGCCGUCACCAGCUCCUGCAGCUGGUGGGCCAUUUCCCAGGGUGCCGAUGCCGCGACCAAGAGUCUGAUCGGCCUUGCGGCUUUCUCCAGCUUCCCGUACUUCACAUACGUGCUGCCUCCGGGGUUGCAGAGCGUGUGCGCCUGGGCGAGCCUGGCUUUGUUACCCGGGCGCCAGACAUGGCUGCAGAGCAGCGGCUACGGAGUCCAGCGCUGGGCGACGGUGAUGCAGGAAGGCAUUCACAACUACGGCCUGUGGCACUCCUGGCGCAACGGCUCGGAAUCCGAGGACUACUCGACCGCCAUGGGCCAUGGAGAUGCCUGCCCCAACGUCGCGGAGACGUCCCGACUGGGCUGGGCCACACCCGCCGUCGGCGGUGGCGCCAUUAACUCCGCCGUCCUGAAGACCGCCGGCAGUGUCGCCAAAUGGUCUCUGCCAGCCACCUAUCUCACCGGUGAUGGCAACCAUCUGCGUGUAGUGCCGGACUGGCUGCCUGGUUACACAAACAGCACAUUGGCCAAGAACCUGUAUCUUGCACUCCGUGUCAAUAAGCUUGGCGAUGCCGCGCUUGGCAGUAUGUACGCCAAUAAGGUUAACGUCCAUGAGGUCAACGCAACCAUGGACAAUGCCUAUCCAAACUCUUUCAUCUACAGCGACCGACGGAUUCAAUUUAUCAGUUCCGUUAGCCCCUUCACCCGCUCCGUGCUUCCUGCCUACAACCUCGUCAUCUAUACAAGUUCCGUGAAUGCAAGCGACGCUAUCACGGUUUAUCUCUGUCGUUACAUUUCCGCGGAUAGUCAGUGUCCCCCUCUAACUGACGUGGUGGGGACCGCCUCCCCGCCACCACCCAGCCCGCCGCCACCGGCUAGGCCACCCCCGUCACCGCCGCCACCGGUCAGGCCGCCCCCGCCACCGCCGCCCAGGUCGCCGCCGCCGUCAUCCAAGUCGCCACCACCGUUGAAGAAGUCGGCCCCCCCACCGCUUAGGAAGCCGCCGCCGUCACCCAGGCCGUCACCACCCAUGGUGCGUCUUUGCAUAUCCUUUUGCUAG